AUCUCCACAGUUGAAUCCAUUUCUCCCCAGAAGUGAUGAAGACGUUUUCUUCUCUCCUGGACGUGAUGAUGAAGAUACUUUUAAUAACUUUUCUUCUGUUUCCUGAAACUAUCCUGGGGAGAAGAUGAUGAAGAUGAUGAUGAAGAUGACCAGCAGCAUCCUGCUGCUCAUCAUCAUGCUGACCUCCUGUGUCUCUGGAACAUUUGUAGUGAAUGUGACCCAGAGCUCCUAUCAGGCAGAGGAGAACCAGGACAUCACACUGGAGUGGACCUUCACCACCAACCCUCACACUUCCUCCAACCCUCUGAAUAUCUUCUGUCAACUGUUAACUGUCAGACCCUCAGCACUGUUUUAUCUCCAUGGAGGAGUUGAGGUCCCAGAGUUUCAGGAUGAACAGUUUGCAGGACGAGUCCAGUGGGACAAAGACGUCUUCAGAGAAGGACGACUCAGACUCCAUGUGUCCAGACUCAGGACUGAGGACUCAGGACUGUAUGAGUGUAAAGUGUUCACGAGUUAUGGGAGGAGCUCUGGUAGAUGUUGGCUUAAUGUCUCUGGAGAGCAUUCGUCUCACCUGUCCUCAGACCAUAGAGGCAGCAGAAGGAGAUGAUGUCAUUAUACAGUGUGGUCUGGACCCCCCCGUCGACUUGUCUGACUACACGCUGGAUGUGGCGAGACUCGACCUCGGUGACGAUGAUGGUGAUGUCUACUGCUAUCGAAGAGGAAAGUACCAACAGGAUGACCAGAUGGAUCGAUACAGAGACAGAACAACUCUCAACCAUGAAGACCUGAUCAGAGGCAUCGUGACUCUGACUAUCUCCUCAGUAACUCUGUCUGAUAGCGGAAAGUACAAAGUCUACAUCCCAGACCUUAGACACAGUUUUAUCAUUAACAUCACUGUUGGCUCUGCAAAGGAGGAAUCUGUCUGGAUAAUAGUGCUGUCCAGUGUCUGUGUUGGUGGUGCUGUUGGUGUUCUUCUUCUCCUGGUGAAACGUGGAAUCAUCUGGAAGAAGAGGAAAGAAUCAGAGACGAGGUCAGACAACUUGAUAGUUUAGAGACACCUGAGGACCCCGACCACAGAGGAGGACGGAGACCCUCACAGCGCUGCAGGACAUGGUCUGAGAGAGUUGGUGGUCCAUAC